AGUCUUACUGUCAAUGCCUUUAAGGAAGUUUUCUUUCUUCCUGCUAAAGGUGUCCCCCUAGUCUACGAAGCUCUCAGCUGGCAGCACGGAGUGUUUGUGGGGGCGGCCAUGAGGUCGGAGGCCACAGCAGCUGCGGAACACAAAGGCAAAAUCAUCAUGCACGACCCCUUUGCCAUGCGGCCCUUCUUUGGCUACAACUUUGGCAAAUAUCUGGCCCACUGGCUGAGCAUGGCCCAGCGGCCAGCAGCCAAGCUGCCCAAGAUCUUCCAUGUCAACUGGUUCCGGAAGGACAAGGAAGGCUAUUAUCUCUGGCCAGGCUUUGGAGAGAACUCCAGGGUGCUGGAGUGGAUGUUCAAUCGGAUCAACGGGGAAGACAGCGCCAAGCUCACGCCCAUAGGCUACAUCCCAAAGGAGGAUGCCCUGAAUCUGAAAGGCCUGGGGAACAUCAAUGUGAAGGAGCUCUUCAGCAUCUCCAAGGAGUUCUGGGAGAAGGAGGUGGAAGAGAUUGAGAAGUAUCUGGAGGAUCAAGUCAAUGCUGACCUCCCCUAUGAGAUUGAGAGAGAGGUCCUUGCUCUGAAGCAGAGAAUAAGUCAGAUGUAAUCAGAACUGGGGAGCUUCACCUUUAAAAUCAUCCCCUUUCCAAUCCAUAAGAGGCACUAGGUACAAGAGAAAGAGAGUUUUCCCAAAUUACCAUCAGCAUGAUAAUGGUCACACAGAUGAGCAGAUCUGAAAGGCACAUUUUAAUUUUUCAGCUAAGAGCCACAGAGUACAGGCUAGUAACUAAUGAGAAUGGGAAGACAAAUCUUAGCACAUCUCCAAAAUUUGCAUCCAAUGCAUAUUUUGUUCAACUUUAAG